GCGAUGCCUAGGCCGACGCGCGAGUCCUACGGCGAUCAGAAACCACCUUUUUCCUACAUUGCUCUCACCGCGAUGGCGAUCUGGAGCUCGCCGGAGCGCAUGCUGCCGUUAUCAGAAAUAUAUAGAUUUAUUACAGAUCGAUUCCCUUAUUAUAGAAGGAAUACUCAGCGCUGGCAGAAUUCACUGCGACAUAACCUCUCAUUCAAUGACUGCUUCGUGAAGGUACCUCGCCGUCCGGAUAGGCCCGGCAAGGGCGCUUACUGGACGCUACACCCACAGGCAUUUGAUAUGUUUGAAAAUGGCUCACUUCUACGACGUCGAAAGCGAUUUAAGUUACACAAAGGUGAAAAAGAUAGUUUGAACGCAGAAUUAGCCGCACUAGCGACUUUUAACAGAGCUUUCUUAGCGAGGCAGGCCAAUUCUGCGCCAGGAGGUAUGUCUGGUGGAAUGUACGCACCAGCGAUAACUUUGUGCCCAAGACUGAGUCCAGAGCCUCCAGAAACACCAGAUACUGCAGCACUCUUGCCGACUAUACCCAGACCACGUCGAGCAUUCACGAUAGAUGCACUACUGGAACCUGAACCCAGGAGGUCGUCUCCUUCCCCUCCUUCGGUGCAACAGCCACAUUGUCCAAUGCCAUUACCACCUGCUCCAUACUUACUAGCAGCACAACGCUACCAUGCCGAAUUAUUAGCAGGUCUACAACAAUCUUGCCUCCCACCUCUUUGGACUUGGAGAGAUAGCAGUCAAUUUUCACAUUAUACGCUCAAUUCAUGA